AUGAUUCGCUCCACACAAAUUGCCAGGCUCGAUGGCCUCAUGCUCUGCGCCUCCGUCGACGACUCCGACUCCGAACAAGCCCUCUCCGAAGUCAAAGGCCAAAUCAAACUCAUCCUCCGCCGCCUAAGCCGAACCUCCGAGCCCCAAGCCUCCAUCGAAAGCGGCGCCUACACCCUGCACUACCUAAUCGCCUCCGACAUCGUCUACAUCGCCGUAGCCGACCGCAACUACCCGCGAAAGCUCGCCUUCACCUACCUCUCCGACGUGGCCGCCGAGUUCUCGACGACCUACCCGGCGCAACAAGUCCUCAGCCCCGUGCUGCGGCCGUACGCGUUCAUGGAGUUUGAUACGUUCCUCAGCCGGACGCGCGCGACGUACAGUGAUUCGCGGGCGACGCAGAAUUUGGAUAAGUUGAACGAUGAGUUGAAGGAUGUGACGCAGGUUAUGACGAAGAAUAUUGAGGAUUUGCUGUACCGCGGGGACAGCUUGGAGCGGAUGGGGGAGCUGAGUACUCGGUUGCGGGACGACACGAAGAAGUACCGUAAGGCGGCGGUUAAGAUUAACUGGGAUUUGAUGCUCAAGCAGUACGGGCCGUUUGGGGCACUCGGGUUUAUCAUGCUGGUGUUUCUGUGGUGGAGGUUCUUUUAA